GAGCGGCCGCCGGAGGGGGCUCGGGCAGGGCCCCUCUCUGCGGAGGAGGAAGGGGGCCGCGGCGCCACAGCAUGGCGAGGCGGCGGGCGGCCGCUCGCGGCGUCCCGGCUGCUGCCAAGGCAGCGCCCGCCCCGCCCCGCGGGCGGGGCCGCGGCCGCCCAGGGGCCGGCGGGAGGGAGCCCGUCCCGGGCCGGGAGCCGCGUCCCCUCCCGGCGCCGCCCGCGGGCCCGGCCGCCGUCCUCCCCGGCAGCGGUGGGGGAGGAGCGGGUCGGGCUGUCCGGGGCGGCGCGGAGCCCCUCCGGGGGGAAACGUCUGUCCCGCCGCUGAGGGGGAGCCCUUCGCCGCCGUCGGCGGGGCGGGACGCGACGCGACGCCGCCGCCGGGUCGCCCGAAACCGGGCCGGGCGCAGGUCGGCCCCGUGGCACUACUGCUGCCGGCCCGCCCGCGCCGGGUACCGGCACAAAGCCGGGACCCCGCGUGAGAUUGAUAUUACAGUUCAAACUGCAUGUCAAAAUAUCCAAGGCUAUUCCUGUGACGUUUGUCUCCCUAGAAGAGAAAUGCUGUUACAGGUAAGGAAAUCUGGUUGUCUGCAAUCAAACCAGCCGAGAGUCCAUGAGAUGAUACAUGAUUUCACGACUGUUAAGCUGCCUUCCUUUAUAGUUCCAUAAAAACCUGUACCAAGCUGCUAAUUAUGUAGCUGAGAAGACCGUUUUAAGACACAUUUUAAAAGUCACUAUGGUACAGCUUAUUUCCACCUAUUACUUUACCACAUUUAAAGAAUGCUCUGAAUAUUUGUUAAAUAUGCAACCUCUAAGUGCUUUUCAAUUUGCAUCGAGCCAUUGAUACAGCUUUCACCGAAAUGUAGCCCUAGCCAAUUUGCCUUUUUGAAUCAUAACAUGACCAUGUAAAGUUUCUGCUUGCUUAAAGCUGUUAGCAUCAAUAGUCUUAUUGUGUCAAUAUUUUUUGUCCCCUAGAUCUUCUCUGUUGGGAUAUAAAUACCUUCAUGGCAGAGUAAUCAGAUAAAAUAAAGUGUAAAUAAUUGAAAUUAUGUGUAAACUGUGGAAGUUUUGUGCAAAAUACAUUUUUUUGCUUAAAGAUAACUGGGUGACAAGGCAGGAAAAACUGAGCCAAACAAACACUUUAUCAUUCUGGUACAACAGUAGAUGAACCAAUUAAACUUGUGUCUGUUAUUUGACAUCGGUGAUCUUUAAUGUGUUUGCAUUGAUGUCAUUCAAAAGGAAAGCUAAAUCAUUAACUAGAA